AAUAAAUGGGUUUGGCCAUUAUUCCUCUUCAACUAAGCUGUGCUCGAAGAACAAGGAACUGAGAAGAAGGUAUUUGCAAAUCUGAUAUCACCUGAUCUUUAUGCAAGCAAUAAUCAAUCAGCAGGCAAUAAAGGUAAAUAAUAAUUGUCAGUUCUCUAUCCAGUUGAAGAAGAAGCAUGGGGCACUUCUGUGAGCAAUGUGACAGAGAAUACAUAAAGACGACAAUUUUAGAGCACGAGGAAACCUUUAGAAACCAGGUCCACGAACUGCAUAGGCUUUAUGGAAUUCAGAAGAAAUUGAUGAAUGAUGUUAAAGCAGACCUUACAAUGCGGCGGGUAUCGUCCAGUCUGCGAAGCAAGAUAGGGAAAUGGAAUGCAGGUAAUGAGACUGUUGAGCAUGAACCAUAUGAUGGCUUUACUGAAGAGGAGAACAACCUUGAGCUGACACUGGCCAUUGGAAAUAGAAGGAAGAUGAACCUGCUUUCUCCGAAGACUUUGGAGCAAGUUUCUCCUCGUCUUCAGCUGAGUUUGGUGCUAUGAAGAUAGAAAUUAAUGAGAAACGUUUUGGAUUAAGAGCUUUUUAGAGUGAGAUCAUGAACAGUGCUUUUGAAGUUGAAGAACAAGCUUACUGUUUCAGUUUGAACGCAACAUGACGAGCUCUCUCAUUUCACAAUAAUAAUAAUGUUAUGCUGUAAUUUUUGAUGUUAAAAUAACCAAAUUUAAUGUUAAUAAACAAUUUAGACCACACAACUUAAGCAAACUUAAGGUCUAUUUGGAGUAGUUAUAGUUGUUUGAAGAAACAACUAUGAAUCUACUACAGAAGAAGUUGUGGUUUAAAAACUUGUUGUGACUAUUACAAUUUUUUUUUUCAGAAAGUCAAACCAUAGCUUUCUAGCAGUCACUGUACGUAACCAAGACUGGUGGCAAAACGUUGCUUGCAACAACUCACUACCAUCACACCACUACCCCAAAA